AAAAAAAAAUGAAGUUUGCUGCUAUCUUGUCUAUGAUUCCCUUAUUGACCACUUUGGUUUCUGCUGAUGGCACUACUGCUGGUGUUUCUAUCACUAACCCUGUUCUUAAUACUACUGCCACUAUGGGCUCUCAAUUCACUAUCACAUGGACUCAAACUGAUACCAAUGUCUCUACUAUUGAAUCUAUUGCCUUGAUGGCAGGUGAUGCUGCUGCAUUGACUACUAUUUUGACCAAUAUCUUGGCAGGCACUGUUGCUACCAGUGCUCUUUCUUACACAUGGACUGUUCCCAGUAAUCUUACUUCUCGUGAAGACUAUGCUCUUGCUGUUCAUGGUGAUAACUCUAUGGUUUCUUAUUCUGCUUACUUUACUAUUGCUGAUGCUGGUUCAGACACUACUACCACUACCACCGACCAAACCACUGCUGCUACCACUGCUGCUUCUGAUGAGACCACUACCAUUUCCUUGUCUUAAAUUUAUUUAUAAUA